AUGGCCAACUACUAUCACCGUUUUCUUCCCCAUGGUGCUACCAUACUGCAGCCACUCAACAGCCUGUUGACCCACUCCAAGAAGACACUGGUGAUAACCGUGGAGGCCGUCAGGUCCUUCAGUGACGUCAAGGCCGCACUUUCCAGCGCAACACUGCUUUCCCACCCCCGCGCUGAUGCCCAACUAACCCUCAUGACAGACGCUUCCAGCACUGCCGUUGGUGCAUCACGUCAGCAAACUGGUAGUGGUGUUCUACAGCCUCCGGCUUUCUUCUCGAAGAAGCUCAGCCCAGCAGAGACCCGCUACAGUGUCUUCGGCCAAGAACUUCUCGCCGUCUACUUAUCCAUCCGGCACUUCCGACAUUUCCUCGAGUGUCGCGCAUUUGUCGUUCUAACAGAUCAGAAGCCACACGUUUUUGCACUGAGGGCCUCUCUCGAUCGAUAUUCGCCCCGUAAAAAUCGUCAUCUAGAUUUCAUCUCACAGUUUUCCUGCGACAUCCAACAUGUCCAUGGUAAGGAAAGUGUGGGUGCUGAUGCUCUUUUAAGAAUUGAGAUGGCUUCCAUUACAACAGACGCCAUAGACUUCACGUUCAUGGCUGAGGCACAACGUUUGGGUGACGAGCUCUCCCAAUACCGCCAGGAGGACUCUUCUUUGCGUCUUCAAAAUGCUCCCUUCCCACUGGCACUAACACUAUAA